AUUAAGGGUGGUGGUUCCUCUCCGCAGGCUUUUUUGUUUUAUUUGGAAAGUUAGAGAUGAACAAAUGGAGAAUUCUGAUACUGGUUGCCUUGAGCCAGAUGUUUCUAGCACUGACUCAAACUUCAAUUGAUGUUAAGGAUGUUGAAAUCAGCCAAUGUCACAUCAUGGGGAUUUUCCAUAUUAGCUUGAAAGGUGUUUACAAUCUGUCACUGGUUCAAGCACAUAAUGCCUGUAAACAACUUGACUCACUGUUGGCAACAAAGGCACAGGUCGAACGUGCACAUCAGCUAGGCUUCGAAAUGUGCAGGUAUGGUUGGGUGGACGACGGUUUUGUUGUUAUCCCAAGAAUCAGUUCAAAGGAGCAAUGUGGAAAAAACGGAACAGGCGUUUUGGUUUGGAAAGUUGAUCCUGACAAAUCAUACGAUGGUUACUGUUUCCAGAAGAAUGAUGCCAAGAAGAUGAAUACUUGUGAGCUGUCAACUGAACAGGUAGUCCAGUUCAUGAAUCCAACAGAAACAUCAUUAACAGAUCUGGGUCACACAAACACGAACAAUGGAACAGAAUUCAGCUUUGAAUCCAUCACCCCAUUGGACAGCAGAACUUUGGUACCUUGGGAAACAAAUACCUUUUUGUCAACCUCAACUGAUUCAAUCCCUCAAUCAACCCCCUCCUCAGAAUCGCUCUGUACUACAGAGAAGAGUUCCAAAGAUUCCAGCAAUUUGAUUAUCUUUUUGGCUUUGAGUCUGGUGGCAUUCAUUUUAUUCGUGAUCUUUGUGGCUACUUUGGUCUAUUGUCUCAGAAAACGCAAGAAGCAGUUUUCAUAUUUACACGGGCAGCCAAAAGAAGCCAUUGAAGCUGAAGUAUGGAGCAAUAACCUGAUAGAAAACAGCUCACCAUGAGAAGACACAGAGAAAGAAUCCAAAUAACAAACGAUGAGAUUGCAUCUUUAAACAUCAAACAAGCAAACUAAUUCAAUAAACAUUAAGUAUAAGGAAGCGGGAUUAGAAUUGGUUUUAAACAGAAUUACAGUGAUUGUAAAGAAACAAGAUGUAACAAAAAUUGAAUGUAAAGCACAGAAAUUGGUCAUUCAGUUCAAUUAAUCAGUGUUGGUACUUUUGCUCCAUUUAAGCCUUCUAGCAACCUUGAUGAUUUUCCAGGCUUGAUGUCAGCAUUAAUACAUAUGUGCACAGACUCAGUGUUCUACAAUCUCAUUACUUGUAAGAUAAAUAACGAGACAAACUAAAAUGUUUCACCAAAGUAUCUCAUUCAAUACUUAAUUAAACAGAACCUAACACAACUAAUCUUUGACAUGGUGUCAAUACUAUAACUGAAUGAAUCUCAGUCUGUUUUCAUCACUGCUGCAGUUCUUACUUUGGAUGACAGUACUAUUUAUGUGAAGAUUACAUGAUAUAUCCAGCUUUGCAUCUCCCAGCAGAUUAUAAUGUAAUGAGGGGUGGGAGAAUAGGGGAGGCUGGGGAAGCUUGAAGAACAGGUGGGGAGGGUUCAGGUAGAGACCGGGAGAAUGAGUGAUGUGAAAAACAGUUGGGGCUGGAAAGAGUUGGGGGAAGAUUCAGGGGAAAAAGCUGAAAUAUUAAGUCAUUAUGUUAAAGCUUAAUGGACCAACUGGCCAUUUCUUGCGUACAAUUUUUUAUGUUACACUUGGAUGCAACAUUAUCUUAUGAAUGUAGUCAAAUUUCUUCCGCAAGAGAUAAAAAGAAUCAUGCUGAGGUUGGUCAUUGGACAUCUAUGGUGCAUGCACUGAUAACAUAUGACAUGGGCCAGGUCUAUAUCUGAUGUGUUAUUUCAAUAUGUCAUGGAUUAUCUUUACCUGUCCAUUUUUCUUCACAUUGUUAUUGGGUUCCCUGAGCUGUGAAACAGAGCCACCCUAUCCACAUCCUCUUGAUUGGUGCAAGAGCAAUUUUAGCUUAGAUAGAGAUCUCUGGAAAAAUCCUCUCUCUGUCAAGCAGUAAUGUGGGCAAAAAGAUCCUAAUUAACGAGUGAAAAUAGCUUGCAAAAUGUGGGGGUGAAAAGUAAUUACAUUGAAAGUGAACAAGAAUAAUUGGACCAAGGCAUGAAUUAAUAACCCAGUACCAAUAAGUGUACUUUAAUUUUAAAUGUUCAUGUCCUCAGUGAAGAAGGCAUAAUUAUAAAGACAAGUUUAUAUGGAAAAUUUUCAUUGCAAUCUUAGAAAUGUAUGUUUUGAAAAGUUGACACAGGUGUGGAUGUAAUAUAUUAAUCCUCUGAACACAGUCUUAGUUUUGAUGAGAUCCUGCCAUAAAUGCACAUGUAAGCUGAAAAACUGUUACAACAUGUUUAACAGACAGAUAGGCAUAAUUAUCAGCAAAAUAUUUUUAGAGAUUUACAAAAGUUUUAUUCUACGCCUAUAAUUUAGAGCAAAUGCCAGUUCCGACCUUUCCCUUCUGGACUCUUUCUCCAAUUAAGAUGCGGAAAUGUUUUCUAUUACAGUGGCAAUGGAACAUUGUUGGAUCCACCUUCAAUUGUGAACAUUCUAACAUUAACAGGCUGCCCUUACUGAAAAAUAACACAUCACAGGACCAUAAGAUAAUAAGAUACAGGAGCUCUGCCAUUCAAUCGUGACUGAUAUGUUUCUCAACCCUAUUCUCCUCCUUUCGCCCCGUAAUCCUGAUUCCUUUCCUAAUCGCAGAGCGUCAUUUAAUCCAUUUCUGCAUUU